CGGACCCAAAAAACAAAUGAAUGUACCGUACCAGUCAUAGAUUUAUUGAAGCAAAGAAAAUAAUAGGUUUAUAAGAUAUUGAAUUGAAAUAGCUAAUGGAUUAAAAUUGAUCUUUUAGUAUUAUUUGGCUUUCUCGAGAUUAUCUUAACCUAACUAAUAAAGGACACAUAUUCUUAUUAAAUGCUACACCCUCUUGGGACUUUGCUUUCUCCACCUGUACAUUGUGCUACUAUUGUUAUACCCUGAUUAUUAAGCAGAUGAAGACGUUAACCGGUCGCUUACUUGCUUCACGCCGUCUAACUUUACCUGUUCAAACCAAAUGGACUCCUUCGGACUGCUUCUUUUUUCCAAUUCCCUUUCUGAAGCUAAACGGCCGUACUCUUCCACCGAUCGUUCCAGAAGUUGUAGCAUCAAUGGGGAUUUCAUUCAAUUCCUAUUCAAUGAUGAAAUUUGAUCAGUUUCAAAUUUUUGCUCAAUCAAAUCUCCGUUUCGGAAUUCUUAAAACUCUUCCUCCCAUCAUUUGACAUGCCCACCGGAAAGGGCUGCGUAUGGUCAGAGCACGCCCCCCGCAUCGAUGGGCUUUGGGCAGAGCUUUCACUUUUGGUCCCUCCUGCAGCCAUUUCUACUCCUCCGACCAAGAUUCUUCCCUUCGCACACGCCGCUUCUUCUCCGGCUUCAAUUAAACCUCUCUGUUCCUUCAUUCAAUCUUCCGUCUCAACACCCCUCUCACUCUCCACUGCUACCGUAGCUACAAGGCCACUCUUCUCCGUCAAUAGCCAGAGCACCGCCGUCCAAUCUGAAUCGGCAUUUUCAUUAACUAGAGGUUCAAGAGAUGUGUGUGUACGAGAUCAACGAGCGAGAUCGUCGGAGCCUGGCGUACCUCCGGCUGAGCUACAACAAAGUGAACUCCCUCAGAGAUUUGAUCCAUGUGUUAUUUGUUCUUCUUUAUAAAAAAAAUCUACAUGACUGUAUGCAACUAAACCUCGAUUUUGUGGUAUAGGUGCUUUUAAUACUUUGCAUAUAAUAUGUUUGAUAAAAUGUUUAGGUGAAGAAAACUAUUAAUCUGAAAACAUUUUGUGUAAUAAUCUCUUAACUUUUGGGUUAGUUUCUUAAUAGCAUGCAUUUGGAUAUGAUAUUCCCUGUCAACGUGGGGAAAACGAAUCAAAG